AAACACCUCUGAUAACAGUACAGUUUGCACUGUAUGUGUAUUGUGAACUACUGUGUCGUAGUGAAAUGUUGAGUGAUAUUUAAUUUUGCGUGUUUAAAGCAAAUAUGGCUUAUCCAAUGUAUGAAGUUGAUUGGAGUGUUUUACCGCCAGAACAAAAUAGAAGGUUUAACCCGGCAUUUAAUAUUGCUACCAUAAAACAAGUGGUAAAUGAGGCUAUCGAAAGAGUCGCACCGGUUUCAGUGCGGAUGCCCACGCCCACGCGGCUGCGGGACCUCAUCCGACAGAUCCGAGCCGCGAGAACAGCGGCCGAGGAACGAAGUGUUGUUAACAAGGAGUGUGCUUACAUCAGAUCGACCUUUAGAGAGGAGGAUAGUGUGUGGAGAUGUCGGAACAUUGCGAAACUCUUGUACAUCCAUAUGCUUGGGUACCCGGCGCACUUUGGUCAGCUGGAGUGCCUCAAGCUGAUCGCCAGUCCACGCUUCACGGACAAGCGUGUCGGGUACCUCGGCGCCAUGCUGCUACUAGAUGAACGGCAAGACGUGCAUCUACUUAUCACUAAUUGCUUAAAGAAUGAUCUAAACAGCAACACCCAGUUCGUAGUGGGGUUGGCGCUAUGCACGCUCGGUGCUAUCGCCUCGCCGGAGAUGGCGCGGGAUCUCGCCUCCGAAGUGGAAAGACUUAUCAAGUCACCCAACGCCUACAUCAAGAAGAAAGCUGCUUUAUGCGCCUUCAGGAUCAUAAGGAGGGUGCCUGAUUUAAUGGAAAUGUUUUUACCCGCCACCAGAAGUCUAUUGACAGAGAAAAAUCAUGGUGUUCUCAUCACCGGCGUGACCCUCAUCACCGAGAUGUGCGAGAACAGUCCCGACACACUCAAUCACUUCAAAAAGAUUGUUCCAAAUCUGGUGAGAAUAUUGAAGAAUCUAAUAUUGGCGGGUUAUUCGCCGGAACAUGACGUCAGCGGUAUUUCUGAUCCAUUCCUGCAGGUUAAAAUCCUCCGUCUACUAAGAAUAUUGGGUAAGAAUGAUGCAGAAGCAUCCGAAGCAAUGAACGAUAUAUUGGCCCAAGUCGCUACAAACACUGAGACAAGUAAAAACGUCGGCAAUACGAUAUUAUACGAAACUGUACUCUCCAUCAUGGAUAUUAAGUCUGAAAGUAGCUUGCGUGUUCUAGCUAUUAAUAUCCUGGGAAGAUUUCUACUGAAUAAUGAUAAAAAUAUCAGAUAUGUAGCCCUCAAUACUUUGCUGAGGACGGUACAUGUGGAUACUUCAGCGGUCCAAAGACAUAGGACUACUAUACUGGAGUGUUUGAAGGACCCGGAUGUGUCGAUUCGGCGACGUGCGAUGGAGCUGUCGUUCGCGCUGAUGAACAGUCAGAACAUCCGCGGCAUGAUGAAGGAGCUGCUGGUGUUCCUGGAGCGUGCGGAGGCGGAGUGCAGAGCGCACUGCUCCAGCGCCAUGGUGCUGGCGGCCGAGCGGUACGCGCCCUCCAGCAAGUGGCAUCUCGAUACCCUCUUCAGACUCCUGCUCAAGGCCGGCAACUACUUGCGCGAUGAUACGGUGUCCAGCACCAUACAGAUAAUAUCCGCAGCGCCGGCGGAGCGCCAGGCCUACGCCAGCAUGAGGCUCUGGACAUCGCUGGAGCGCUCCGCUGUCUCCGGAGAUGCCACAGAGAAACAACCACUUGUGCAGGUAGCGGCGUGGACAAUUGGAGAGUACGGAGAUCUGCUGGUGUCUGAAGCCAGUAGUGCUAUAUCCAUGGUGGAUGAAGAUGGAUUUGAUGAGUUCACGCGUCCGUCGGAGGAGUACGUAAUCGACAUCUACCAGAAGCUGCUGUGGUCAACUCAACUGUCCAUCACCACCAAGGAGUACCUGCUGCUCUCGCUCGCCAAGCUCUCCACCAGGUUCACCACCAGACCUAGUCAGGAUAAAAUUCGAGUGAUCAUCGAUACUUUUGGUUCACACAUACAUAUUGAGUUACAACAGAGAGGUGUGGAGUUGUCACAACUAUACAGGCAAUACGCGCAUUUACGGCCUGCAUUGUUGGAACGUAUGCCGGCCAUGGAGGCACCGGCUGGAGACCGUGAAGACAGUGAUGCUGAAGGAGAUGCACCUGCAGACUCGCCGCAACAUCGCGCUGAUAGACCACAGCCGGAUGCACUGCUGGACCUGAUCAUCGGGUCAGAGCCAUUAUCAAAUGGCGAUGCAGAACAUGACACACCUGCAGCAGCACCGCCUUCAGACAACAAUAACACAACUACCAAUGAUAUUUUGGACCUAUUGAGCGGUUUGGAUCUAAGUUCUCCGAGUGUACCUGCGCCUGCGCCUGCGCCGCUCACCAGCAGCGCGCCCUCAGCCAACUUGCUACUCGAAGGACUGUUCUCAUCACCUACGACCACACAACCUGUAUCACAACCUGAGACGACGGUAACAGCAUUAGAGCGUAAUGGUCUUCUUGUUGAGUUCCUCGUGUGCGGUGGUGGAGACACCGCCACCCUCACCAUGAGGGCUGUCUCCACAGCACGAUCAGCACUCACUGACUUCCUCUUCCAAGCUGCUGUACCCAGAACAUUCCGAUUGGACAUGAUGUCACCAUCGGGUACUGUACUCACACCGCAGGGGGAGAUCACUCAAGUCCUCAAAGUCACCAAUCCAUCCAGGACACCAUUACGGUUAAGAAUAAGAGUAUCGUAUAACAUCGAGGGCUCACCCGUUCUUGAGCAGGCGGAGGUCAACAACUUCCCUCCGGACUUGUUCAACUGACGAGCGACCAUCUGACUGACACCACGGUCAAUGACACCUGCACAGUGUUGACACCAACAUGAAGUAACCUCCGCAGUUAAAGGGUCAGACAAAUUCAAUGGAAAUGACAAAUUAUAAUCUACAUGUUAAUAUCUGUCUAUGAAUUUAUAUUGAACUAGCUGUCGCCCGCGACUCCGUC